GGGGCGGGCCUGCGAGUGCGGCGCUGGGCCGGGCAGGGCUGGGCCGCGCCGCGGCUGUCUCUGAGGCGCGGGGGAUGGACGAGGGUCACCGCGGCGGGCACAGGCGACGGGCUGCUCAGAUUGCCACCUCUCUCUAAGUAUCAGGAAGGCUCUGGAACAUCUUCAACAAGACAGACGUUGAAUGUUUUGCAUCAACACUUUGGAUUUUCGAAUGUGAAUUGGAACUACUUUAUUUCCAGGCUUCCAUUCUUUUUAUUGAUCUGUGAGUCAGAAUCCAGAUAUUUUGGUUUCCUGGUUUUCAUUCUUUGAUGGCUCUUUCUGACAUAAUACGCUUUGAAAAUACAUAGGUGUUCUCUUCAAAGUAUAUUCAGAAGAGAGGGUUGGUGUGUUGAAAAAUCCCUUUAAAAAGCUGCAAGUUCAUCUGAGCCUCUGUGUAUCUGUGGAUGACACUCUGUGGAUGACUCCAAGGACUGCAUAUUUCCAUUUUCUUGGAGUUAGUCUUCCACAACUGCUUUAGGAGAGUUUGCUGGGAUGGGUAAUCUUCUUAAGGUCCUUACCAGGGAAAUUGAAAACUAUCCACAUUUUUUCCUGGAUUUUGAAAGAACCAAAUGGGAAAUCUUUUAAAAGUUCUCACUUGCACAGAGCUUGAUCAGGGGCCAAAUUUUUUCCUUGACUUUGAAAAUGCCCAGCCCACAGAUGGAGAAAGAGAAGUAUGGAAUCAGAUCAGUGCAGUUUUACAGGACUCAGAAAGUAUGCUUGCAGAUCUUCAGGCUUACAAAGGAGCUGGACAAGAAAUUAGAGAUGCAAUACAAAACCCCAAUGAUAUCCAGUUGCAAGAAAAAGCAUGGAAUUCAGUGUGUCCUCUGGUCGUGAGGCUGAAGCGCUUUUAUGAGUUUUCACUGAGAUUAGAAAAGGCCCUGCAGAGCUUACUGGAAUCUUUGACAUGCCCACCCUAUACUCCAACUCAACACCUGGAACGGGAACAGGCUCUGGCUAAAGAGUUUGCAGAAAUCUUACAUUUUACUCUUCGUUUUGAUGAACUUAAGAUGAGAAACCCAGCAAUUCAGAAUGACUUCAGUUAUUAUAGGCGGACGAUAAGUCGCAACAGGAUAAACAACAUGCAUCUAGACAUCGAGAAUGAAGUCAACAAUGAAAUGGCCAAUAGGAUGUCCCUGUUUUAUGCAGAAGCGACACCAAUGCUGAAAACACUCAGUAAUGCAACUACACAUUUUGUAUCAGAAAACAAAACACUGCCAAUCGAAAAUACAACAGACUGCUUAAGUACUAUGGCUAGUGUAUGUAAAGUCAUGUUGGAAACACCAGAAUACAGGAGUAGAUUCACCAGUGAAGAGACUCUUAUGUUCUGCAUGAGAGUAAUGGUGGGAGUUAUCAUACUGUAUGAUCACGUUCAUCCUGUGGGAGCUUUCUCAAAGACAUCAAAGAUUGAUCUAGUGCAAUUCAUGUAUUAUUGUUCAGUAGUGGCAUGCUUCUGUUCCCAGAUGAAGGGAUGCAUAAAAGUUUUAAAGGAACAACCACCUGACACUGUGGAAGGACUUCUGAAUGCUCUCAGGUUCACUACAAAACACCUGAAUGAUGAAUCUACUUCCAAACAAAUCCGAGCUAUGCUGCAGUAGUGUCUUGAGACGAGUUAGAUGUUUGUAUUGACCACAGAAGAUGUGUAUGUUUACAUAAUUUAAUACGGUUUGAUGUUAAUACUUGUGUGUAUUUACAUAACCAUUUUCUUCACAUUGCUAAAAUAUAUGAACCUGUAGUCAUAACCCAACUGACUAUAUAUAAUGCAGUCUAAGUUUAUAUGCUAGCCUUUAUCUUUUGACCUUUACAAUACUUUUUUACUUAGAUACUCUAGCUGAAAGAGUUUAUCUGUGCAUUUUAAUUCUUAAAUGCCUUCUCUGGAAGAUAAAAUGAAAAUCAGAUAAACUGAAAUGUCAAAGUUGCCAUAGGAGACGAACUUUAAAGAAGGAGGAAGUUAAUAAAAGAGAAAGUAAAAUUGUAGGUAUAGGAUAAUACCUGAAUGUUCAUCAGCCUCAUUAAAUAUGUUGUUUUUCCUGUAAUUAGUGGAGAUCUAUCUAAUUUUAAGGGUUAUGUGCUGGCCGACAUCCAAAAAUGUAUUGCAAAAGAGGUCAUUUUGCCUCUUUUAAUAUGUAUAGCCUGUUCUUUUCCACCACUGGGAAAAUUAAUACUCUUUUUCAGAUAUUAUUUAAAUAAAUAUAAAAUGUGCUUCGAGACCAUUGCUAGAUUUUGAAAAUUCUGAUUAAUUUUAUUAGAUUUAGAAAGGUAAGGGAAAAUGCUAAUGUCUUGACUUUAAAAGAAAGGGUUUUGCAGUGUAAAUACAUCAUGGUAAACAUUAUCUGUUAGAGACAGCUGUACCUGGUAAAGAAUUUUUUUUUAAUUAUAUUUUUUUCUUGCUAAUACAAAGUUGAAUAAAGCAGAACAGUCUUCUGUAGCAGUAGACUUCCCUAGUGUCAAAUUGGUUUCAUCAGACUAGGGAUGAUAUAAAGAAGUUUCGUGACCUGAGCUGUUCCUAGGCACUCUAUCAAUUUCCUUGAUAGUAAUAUUCAUCAGCUGAUUCAGAAUCAGCAUGGGUAUGUUUCAGCUCACUGCUUUUCACUGUUUUUCUAGAUGUGAUUGAUGCUUCGAGGAGUUGAUUUCCUUACUCAGUUGGUUGUUCUUACCUUCUAGUAAUUUUCUCCAGUAAAUGGAAUAGAAAUAUCUUGCCAAAAGCAGCAAAGUGUUUGUGCUCUGUUAAGUGUCUUUUCUGAGUGAUCUGCAAUUGCUGUACAUAUUCUUGCAGAGGUCACGUUCUGAAAAUAUGUUCAAUUGUGUACUUUGCAUAUGUGUGAAAACUCCAGUGCUUGUGCACAGGUUCAGAUUUGUCUGUUCUUGUGUACGUAAAUCAGAGGUUGUGUGCUGUCACUGGAAUUUUCAUGCUUUACACUUCUGAAAAUAUUAACUGUAAGAGUUUGAAGAUGCAUUUGGUCUGCUAAAACUCAGCUGCGCUGUUACAAAUUUAGUCCAUGAACUCUGUCCAUAAACAGUAUUACUAUCAUAAGUUCUUUAGGAUUGCCUUAGAGUUUAUUUGUGAGAAAAAUUACCACUAUGAGGUUUCUCAGAUGUCAUGAGAACCCACAGCAUUAUACAUGUAAUGAUGCAGGAAAGCACUGCAACCGUAGAGUUCAUUUCAUGGAUCUGCAGUUUUAGCAGAUCACUAUGUUAUCAUCAGGAACAGAAUUAGAAAUUGCUGGUUGUUUUUCUGGAAGCAGUGAUCACACUGCUAUUUUAUAGUAGUAAAACCACUGUUUACAAACUCCAUUUUUAAUGGGGAAGCAUUUACAAAUAUGUAUUAGGGGAAAUUCUGUUUUGUUCAUAGUCACUUUCAGUUAGGUAAAUCAAGAGGAAUUACAGAUCAUUCUAUUGACUUUUGUUAUCUAAUGUUAAUACAUGCUCACCUGAAAUCGCUUGUCAAACAAUGAAGUCUUUAAGUCACCCAGAGGAAAGUUGUUCAUCACUUAUGUAAUAAAAAUGUAAACUUUAAAGCAUUCUGCAAGUUGUCAUGUGCUGUUUGCUGAAACCACUGAAUUUCUUUGCCUGCUGUGAUGUUUUUGUACAGAAGUUUGUUGGAAAUAAUAAAAAGUUUGGUACAGUAA